GCUAGCAUGGUGCAUAGUGCAUGGUGGGGCACGUGCACUAAAGUAUAAGUGAAGGUGUGGGGCCUGCUACCUAUUUACUCAAAGAGUCGGGGUGUUAAGUCCAAGUUGCGUCACAAAGCGUCGAGUAGAGCGCAUCGAUAGCUCUCUUUGUCCCCGAGACAGGCAGCUGAACCAGCAUGGACUGGAACCAAAGUUGAACCAACAAUGUAUUGUCAAAAAUGCCGCACCCCGCUCAAGUUAGAUGGCUCGUUGGAAGACCUGAAUCCAGCAGCGUAUGACCUUCUAGUUGCGACACACUCACAGCAGCCUCCAAGGAAGCUCCAUUCAUCACGACCGCUUCAACCUCAAGACAAGGCGCGUAAGUCCCUGUUGGACAAGGUCUCUCAAAAUGCCGGUCCGGCGACGUUCAAGCGCCACAACGCCCCUAAACGAGGCAGCGGCGGGCUAAGAGACAGCUCUGCCAUGUCCUUCAUCCUCUUGACCGAAUCCCAAGUCGCGCCGCCGAAUCACUCGUUGCCAAGGAGUCCUAGCCGUCAGAAUGCUCUACCACAUCAAGGACUGCCUGGGGGAGGGGAGAGCGGCCAAGCAGAUGACGAUGACUCGGCAAAGUCACACGAGAUGGAACGCAUCGCCAAGCUCUUCGAGAUCCUAUCAGCGCGCUCAGAUGUCGACCAUCCCAUUUGCGUCGAGUGCACGGAAAUAUUAGUCGAGGAAAUGCAGAAGAAACUUGAGACGACAGCCCGUGAACGAGAUGCCUACGUCAACUUCCUCCAGCAGCUGCAAGCAAACCUCCCGACGGAUGAUGAGCUGCGGGUACAGGAGGAAGCCGUAGAGAAGGCGAGGAAAGAGGAGGCGGCGGCGCUUAGCGAGCUACGGAAGUUGGAGGACGAGAAGGCCAGCCUAGACGCGGAGCUACUUGCCUUAGAAGCAGAGGCCCAGCAGCUAGAUGAGGAGGAGGAGGGCUUCUGGAGGGAGCGGAACGCCUUUGCGGCAAAGCUAGCAGACUUCCAGAAUGAGCGCGACAGCAUCAACUCGAAGUUUGAUCACGACUCGCGCCUGCUGGAGAAGCUACAGCGAUCGAACGUAUACAACGACACCUUCUGCAUUAGCCAUGACGGCACGUUUGCUACCAUCAACGGCCUCAGGCUCGGUCGGCUGUCUAACAAACCUGUCGACUGGCCCGAGAUCAACGCCGCGUGGGGCCACUCCCUGCUGCUCCUCGUCACGGUCGCCGACAAGCUCGGCUACAAGUUCGAAGGCUACGAACCCCAGCCCAUGGGUUCGACCUCCAAGAUCGUGCGCUACGACCCGGUCUCGCCAUCGUCAAGCCGCCUAGGCGGAUACCGCAACGCGCCGCCACCCGCCCCAAAGAAGCAUGUCCUGGACCUGUACUCGUCGGGCGACAUGCCGCUGGGGCUGACGUUUAUGCACCGCAAGUUCGACAACGCCAUGAUCGCGUUCCUGGAGCUCGUGCGGCAGCUCGGCGAGCACGUGCAGCGGCAGACGGGAGCCGACGGCAACCCGCUGGGCCUCCCCUAUAAGAUCGAGGGGGACAGGAUUGGGGACGUCAGCAUCAAGCUCGGCAUCGCGCAGGACGACGGCUGGACCAAGGCUUGCAAGCUGACGCUCACGUGCUGCAAGUUCUUGCUCGCGCAUGCGAGCAAUUUGAGUUCUGUUUCGAAUGGCCGGGCGUCUGGGGGUCCUUAACUGGAGAUAUACGGACUUUGUUAAUAUGGGGUUGAUCGGCUUAUUGGGUUGCACGAUAGAUUGGCAUGGUCGUAAGGAGUUUCUAGGUCUGGUCUUAUUAGCUGAGUUGCACUUGUACGUACAUAAGUGACGUGGGGACAGCGACUCCUUGGUCCACGGGUUAAUUCAGAGGACUUGCUGGCUGGAUUUGUUUCUGCCAUGCCUCUUUUUAGCAGGACUUCCUUGUUGUAGAUGGGUGCUUUAAUAAUUGGCAAAUUAAAUCUGCCGAUAGAAGCUUAAAGUCUGGCUACGAGGAUAUCAUAGUCCUAUACAUCUCUCAACAUCGUCCCCAGCGUUUAGCAUAAGUCAAGUUCAAGCAAGUCAGCCCUCUCACUUGACUUGGCCCUUAUCUAGUAACUUGCCUUACUUGGUUAGGUAUUUCUUAACUAGGUUGGCUUAGUUACUUGCAAGUAGAGCUUGUCUCUGCAGGCAGGUGUAGCUG